GCUCCUCUUAACAAUCAAUAAACCAGGAAGAGAGUUUGUUUUUGUAUUGCUGUUUUCUGAACGGGGUGAACAUUGGGACAGAUUGAACCCCUUUUCUCCUGGCUCGCUGGGCUGCACUGUACCCAUCCGUCUGUGCCUAAAUACACAAGCCAUGGCAAUUUUGAUUCGUUUACUGGAAUGGGUAUUCUUCCUUUACUUCGCCUCUCACAUCCCCAUUACCCUCGCGAUAGACCUCCAAGCCCUGCUCCCGGCACAGUACUACUCGCAGUCUCUCAAGGAUCUUCUGAAAUGGUACGCGGCAGAAUUUAAGGACCCGAUGAUGAUGGCUCCCCCGGCCUGGUUCAAAUCGUUCAUCUUCUGUGAAGCGCUUCUCCAGACUCCCUUCUUCCCAGUAGCAGCAUACGCCUUUUUCAAAGGAGGCUGCCGGUGGAUCAGAACUCCAGCCAUAGUUUACGCCACACACGUGGCCACCAGCGUGGUUCCUAUCAUCGCCCACGUCCUCUUCCACGACUUCCCCAAGGGGCCACACCCAGGGCCUGAGACCCCUGCAGAGCGCCUGACCCUCGCGGCUAUCUACGCUCCAUACCUCCUCGUUCCCAUCAUCCUCCUGCUCACCAUGCUGUUCAGCACAGCCUACAACGGAGAACUCCGUGGUGCAAAGGGGCAGAUGGGUAAAAAGAGCAGAUAACCAAGAGGUUUGUGGAGCUGGGCCUUUAGGGAGCAGCGAUGGAAAAAAGGACCCCCUUACAUGGAGUUUGAUCCAUUCCUGGUUUUACUAGGAGUUUAAGAAGCUUGUUGCCUAUAUGCUGUGGCUUAUCAAGCUUGUAGUAAAACCUGGAAUGGGUGAACUAUGGAAUAGGCAAUAAAAACGUGAUCAUAUUGCAAAGCCAUUAAAAUAAACCAUGUUUUUAUAAUUUGAGGCAUUUCUAUUUGAAACUUUCAUCCUGCCUGCCUGUCUUGUAUAGGUGCGAUUGAUUUUGAUUUUUAAUUUAAUGCCAAAAUUACAACUACAAAUAACAAUAGUAUGUGCCAGUGUUGUUUAGUGGGGUUUUUUUGUGACUUGAAUAAACCCUAUUUUUUAUUAAAA